AUGUCGUCCUCUCGUCCUCCCAACCCUACUCAAAUCCCCAACAAUCUACCCGGCCUCACCACUCACAUCACCGGCCACGAUAGCAAUACCGGCAAAGCCAUCGUCAGGGACAGCAGACCCGGCAAUUGGACCGUCUUCGACGACAAACUCAUGGCGUUCAAUGUGAUCUACACGACCUCGGAAUUCCCACCAGACCUCAACGACGACCGCGACGUCAAGACCCACGACGAUGUCGUCGCCAAUGGGAAACUCGGCCUGGUCAGUCCCAACGGCACCGUCUGCCGGGUGGUCGACUUUGCUCCCGGGUACGAGUGCAUCAUGCACCGCACGCAGAGUCUGGACUACGGCAUCGUGCUCGAAGGCACGAUCGAGAUGAUCCUCGACAGCGGCGAGCGGAAGACCAUUCAGCGAGGCGACGUGGCGGUGCAACGGGCCACCAUGCACGCGUGGAAGAACAUCAGCGAGACGGACUGGGCCCGAAUGAUCUUUGUGCUGCAGGACUGCAAACCCCUGGAGAUUGGAGGCAAGGUCAUGAAGGAAGACUUGGGCGAUGGAGUCGAAGGCUUGCCGCCCAGUGGGAACGACGCCUAG